AAUGUCUUUAAACCUAAAAGGACGGCUGAAAAUUCGUCAAGAAAAGUCGGAGUACGAAGAGAAAUUUCUUAAGAGAUUGCUCCACUAUUUUGAAUAUGAUAUUAUCUUUGGGCACGAAGCAUCUCAACUGCCAGAUGCCGUAUCAUCACAUCAAUCAAUUGGAACAGGAGAAGCAUUUAUCCUUUUCAAUAAAAAGAGGUAUGCAGUCCUGUCGGAAACUCGAUUUCAACAUCGAUUUUUUCCAAUAAAAAACUGUGGCAAGUUUAUCGCUUUAGAACUAGAAGAUAAACAUACUGGAGGAAAAUUAUUAGCUGUUUCUUGGAAAAUUGAUUCAAGGCUACUAAAACAGAAGUGCAUUGAAGUUGUCAACCAGUUAACUGACUUUAUAUCAAGUGUCAGAAUCGUUGAUAAUAUUCCAGUAAUUAUUGGGGGCGUUUUUGGGAUAUCAGUUUUUGAUGCACUGGAUAACUUACCAGGCGAAGUUUCGUGUCAUGGGUAUAACCCUCUUACAUUCCGGCGUCAAAUGCGUGCCUCGGAUUUUUUCUUGACGUCAGACAAUGUCGAUAUGUUUCAAAUUCAGCCUUUAAUUUUCGAAUCGGUAAAUUUGAAGCAAUUGCAUGGAAGGGUGAGGAUGAAUGCCGAAGACGUUUUCUAUUUCGAUCCAGUUAUAGCGGAAUUUGAGAUGGAGAACCUAAGAAAAUCUGUCGAUCCUACUAAAAUACCUAUUUCUGCGGAGAAGGAAGAGGAAAAUGCAGAAAGUGAAGAGGUUGAAAGAGAAACUCUCAAGUACGUAAACGUAAUUACCAUAUGA